GAAAAUGAAGAAUGGCCUGCAACUAACAAAUUAAGAAGGAGACUCCAUAACCUCUUCACAAUUUCAAAAGCAACAACACAACACAGAGAAAGAGAUUCAAACGCGUGCUCACAGUUUCAACCUUUCGUUUUCUUCUUUCACUUUUCACUCUGCAUUUUCCUGCAGCUCAAGGAUUUUCGAUUUCGAUUCAUUUCUCAUCUCACAUUGUUCUCGUUUCCGAUCUCAGAUCGCAUUUUCACAGAUAAUGAUUGGGGUUUGAAAUCUCCGGUGGCCCUUGGGUGUCCCAUACCAUCCCAACAAUAGUACAAUGCAAGUUUUUAUGAGACCAUUUGAAAAAUAAUAAAAUAACACAAUGCCUAAGUGGCCUAUUGGAAUAUCUGGGUUCAGAACAUGAUCUCAUUGUCAUCUUUGGAAUUUGAGGUUUAGGGGAAAAUUUGAGAAGGAGGCGAGAAAAUGGGUUCCAUUUCAGGGGAUGAAGCAAUGCAAGACCCCGCAGGCAGUGAGACUGAGGAGAGGAUUCGUGUUUCUGUUCGUGUACGACCUCUGAAUGAUAAGGAGCUCACAAGAAAUGACCUGUCUGAAUGGGAAUGCAUUAAUGACACAACCAUCAUGUACAGGAACAACCUUUCAGCUUCCGAGAGGUCCUUGUAUCCAACAGCCUAUACAUUUGACCGAGUAUUUAGGACUGAUUGUCCAACAAGGCAGGUGUACGAAGAAGCAUCUAAGGAAGUUGCUCUUUCUGUGCUCAGUGGCAUCAACUCAAGCAUUUUUGCAUAUGGACAAACAAGCAGCGGAAAGACAUUCACUAUGAGUGGUAUAACUGAGUACACUGUAACAGACAUUUUUAACUACGUAGAAAAGCACACAGAAAGGGAAUUUGUUUUGAAGUUCUCAGCUAUGGAAAUCUAUAAUGAAUCUGUCAGGGACCUCCUUAGUGCUGACAGUACACCUCUCAGACUUCUUGAUGAUCCAGAGAAAGGGACAGUCGUAGAGAAACUCACUGAGGAAACUUUGCGGGACUGGGACCAUUUUACAGAACUCAUUUCUUUCUGUGAAACACAAAGGCAGAUAGGAGAGACAUCCCUGAAUGAAGCAAGCUCCAGAUCACAUCAGAUUCUCAGACUGACCGUUGAAAGUUCUGCACGUGAGUUUCUUGGAAAUGGCAAAUCGAGCUCUCUUACGGCUUCUGUGAAUUUUGUUGAUCUUGCUGGAAGUGAGCGUGUAUCCCAAACUAAUUCAGCUGGCACAAGGUUGAAAGAGGGAUGCCACAUAAAUCGUAGCUUACUGACUCUAGGAACUGUUAUCCGAAAACUAAGCAAGGGUCGAAAUGGACAUAUCCCUUUCAGAGAUUCCAAGCUAACCCGCAUACUGCAGUCCUCAUUAGGAGGCAACGCCAGAACGGCAAUCAUCUGUACCAUGAGCCCUGCACGGAGCCAUGUUGAACAAAGCAGAAACACCCUCUUAUUUGCAAGUUGUGCUAAGGAAGUGGCAACUAAUGCAAAAGUCAAUGUAGUGGUGUCUGAUAAAUUGUUGGUGAAACAAUUGAAAAGAGAGUUGGCUAGGCUGGAAAGUGAGUUGAGAAAUUCAGGGUCAACCGGCCUUAAAUCUGAUUCUGCAGCAUUGCUGAGGGAAAAAGAACUCCAAAUUGAGAUGUUAAAGAACGAGGUAAUGGAUCUGACUAUGCAGCGGGACCUUGCUCAGUCUCAAAUUAAGGACAUGCUUCAAGUUGUUGGAGACGACAUGUCCUCCACUGAUUUCGAAAGUUCGGAUCCUCAAUAUCCCAAAUUACGUGUGCGGUGUUCAUGGGACUUCGAUAGCCAGGCAGUAGAACCAAAUUUAUUAAGUACUGACGGCUUGGAGAGUGUCAAAUCUUUUGAUGCUUCUCAAUAUUCAGAUGGACAUAGUUUUAGUUCUGAGGAGAACUAUUUCCAACUCCCUGAUCUGGAAAAAAGUCUUCCCAUCAUCAGGAAUUCUUCCCCAGGGCUGUCUGUUUCAAGUCUCGAUUCUGUAAGAAAUGAUUUAGAUCAGAAGACAGUUGAAGAACAGCACGAUGAAAAUUUAGGCGACCAUUGUAAGGAAGUUAUCUGCAUUGAGUCAGAGGACCUAAUUACGGACACAUAUCCAGACUCAAAUCCAGCAGAUGUAAGUCAAGACAUCGACACAGACUCUAAUGCGUCAUCUCCAGGGGCAAAUACGGCUGUCUCAGGAUUAACCGAAGCUGAUAACAUAGACAAAGAAAAUCUAGAUUUGUGUUCAUCUGGUAUAAAGGAAAACAAUGAAAUGAACCGUUCGCCCCAAGGUUCUGUUCUUCCCUCUCCUAAGGAAUUAUGUCCAUGGCUGGUAGAAAAAAGUGCAUCUAAUUCUAAACCCUGGAAAUUUACCAGAAGUAGAAGUUGUAAAGCAAGUCUCAUGAAGGAUUCAUCUUCAGAUUGGUUUGAUCAGGAAGAAAUUAUUCAGAACACACACCCAAUAGGGAUCGAAAAAGACUACAUUGGAAUACCUGAGGGCUUUCAAAGGAGGACCUGUACACUAAACUAUAAUGCCAAUGCUGAGAGGUUAUCAUGGACGGGUGGUUAUGGGAAUGCUAUGGGAAAUACUUCUGUCGAUUUAGACAUUAUAAAAUCCUACACCGAUAAGGAAAGUUAUGACGAUAGUGAUUUAUCUCCAGCAAGAAAGUCAAAGAAAGAUCUUGGAAGUUCAAAUCUACUGGCGGACCAUGAGGUUUCAGAGACAGAAUCACAGUCGGAUAUUUCUGCAAAGAAGUUCAAAGAUGUUGGCUUGGACCCAUUGCAAUCUGAUGAGGAAAAGCAAUUGCACUGGUCUUCAGAAUUUGAACGGCUGCAACGAGAGAUUAUUGAACUCUGGCACGCUUGUAAUAUUUCAUUGGUUCACAGGACUUACUUUUUCCUUCUAUUCAAAGGAGACCCAUCAGAUUCUAUCUAUAUGGAGGUAGAGCUCAGAAGGCUGUCCUAUCUCAAGCAAAAUCAGCCUAUGGAAAAUGGACGAACCCUUACCCCUGAAUCAAGCACGAGAUGUCUUCGAAGAGAGAGACAGAUGUUGAGCAAGCAGAUGCAUAGGAGGCUGUCAAAAUCUGAAAGAGACAACCUCUAUUUGAAGUGGGGUAUAAGUAAGAGUUCAAAGCAUAGAAGGUUGCAAUUGGCCCACCGCCUGUGGUCUGAAACAGAGGACAUGAACCAUAUUAGAGAGAGUGCCACCAUUGUGGCAAAGCUGGUUGGUUCAGUAGAGCCAGAUCAGGCUUUUAAGGAGAUGUUUGGGCUCAACUUCGCCCCACGGGGCAGAAGAAAGAAAUCUUUUGGUUGGACCUCCAGCAUGAAGCAUAUUUUGUGAGGAUUGAUUGUCGAAGCGGAUUACGUAACAGAAAGCAUGAUGGGGCCAUGUAAAAAUUCCCCCCUGGCUCUCCAUUUAACAUAGGAAAAUAUUUUGUUUUCCCUUUUUAUAAACAGUGUGUCUCCUUUUCUGUUUCUGACUCUGAUUGCUAUUUGAUUGUAAAGAGGUUUAUUACGGAUGUGACAUUCCAAGGUUAUAGGAAAACUACAAAUUACAUGAGUGAAUUCUUUGUAGCAGUCCAUACAAUUGUACUGAAUAUUAGGAAUCAUAUAACAACUUCCGUGUGUAAAAUUACCCCUUAUGAAAUUGAGAAUAUUAAUUUUGUACAUAGAUCAAAUAAUGAGGUGUCCCUUUUUUAUCA